CUUCUCCUCAACUGAACCAUUCUUUUCUCUCCUUCUUAAUUAUACUCUAAAUCUUUUCUUUCUUUCUUUUGUUUUCUCAGCAAUUUUUCCCUCUAAUAAUGGUUUCUUUUCUUCUUUGCAUUUGAAAUAUUUCAAACCUGCAGCUACAAUUCGAAAAUGAUAGUAGUAGAUAUUCAAGAAUUUCUCAUGCGUUUCUCACUAGUUUCUCUCGUUCUAUAUUUCAUUCGUAGGCUUAGGAAAACACUUCGCAUGGCUAUUGUUUCCCCACCAACCCCAUCUCCUUCUCCUUCUUCUCCUCCUUCUCCAUCUUCCCUUCCGUGGCUCGGUCGAUGGCUUCUUUUAGAUAAGGAAAAAGCCUUUUCGAAGCUAGAAAAAUCAAAAAAACCAAGAAUUAACGAUCCCACGAAUGAGAAUUUCCUCAACAAUGAUUCAACGAUCUCCGAUAAGGAUCAAAAUGUGGAUGGAUUAAUCAGUGGUGGUAUGAUGAUGGAAAUACCGGCUUUUUCGGGUAUUAAUGAAGAAGGUAGGAGAUCUACAAAUUCAAGAAAGAGACCUGCAAAGCUUAUGGUACCAUCAUUUGUUCCUUCUUUGGAUUUUGGUGAGGUUGGUAAGAAAUUUGAGAAGACAGAAUUUGAGAUUGAAGGAAGAAAUUAUUCGGUUGCUUGUAGAAAAGGAAGAAGAGAAGUCAUGGAAGAUGGCCAAGGUGCCAUGCUUGAUAUUUUAGGUGACCAUAAUCAAGCAUUUUUUGUUGUGAUUGACGGACAUGGAGGCAAAGCUGCAGCAGAAUUCGUAGCUGAAAAUCUAGGGAAAAACAUAGUAAAAGAAUUAGAACGUGUUGAAAAGAAGGAAGGAAAGUACAUAGAAGUUGCCAUACGCGAAGGUUACUCGUUCACAGACCAAGAAUUUCUUAAUCUG